AUGCCAAGAAGGGCCGAAGUAUUGACCUCUCUCACUAGAGGGAAGGUUCGCUCUUCGAUGAGCAGAUUUAACUUGUUCAACUUGUAUAAAAAACCUAGAACAAACUUCCAAGGGAAAUCAUUGUACCAACAAAAAUGGGCAUCUAAGGCCGACACUAGAGCCUACCAUGGAGAACAUUUGACUGAAAGCAGGUGGAAACACUUGUUUGAUCCACACUUAGAGUCUGUGGCGCAAUUAGAUGCCUCGUUGAAGGGUGUUCAAGUUGCCCCUACCCCUGUGACUUUACAGACAUAUGCGGCCUUGGAGAAGAGAUUGGAGUUUGCACUUUUCAGAGCGAUGUUUGCUUCUUCAGUAAGACAGGCAAGACAGUUUAUCCUUGCUGGGGACGUGAAGGUCAAUGGUGUUGUAGUGAAGCACCCUUCAUUUCCAUUGAGAGCUGGUGAUGUGUUCAAUGUUGAGCCAGAGAGAGUGUUACAGGCCAUGGGUAAGAACAAGCCUAGUUUGACCAAAGCAGUUAGAAUCGAUAACUUACAAAUUGCCACUUGGAACAAGUACGUCAAGCUGGCUAAGGAAAACCCAGAAGCUGUCUGGAAUGUGAAGAAGAACAAGCCUCAAUCUUUGAACACCUUGUCUACCAAGAACGAUAAGGAGUCUAUAAAAAAGUUCAAUGAAACUUUACAGAAAAAGAUGAUCCUGGAACAGAAUAAGACAUCGAGAGAGUCUAUUUUGAGCAAGAUCUUAAAGCUGUCUGCUCAAGUAAAGGAGGGCGACGAAGUGACUGCGGAACUUCUUUCCACAAUCUGUGGUGAAAAGAACGCCGUCAAGUGUCUUCAAGUAUAUCAAAUACUCAAGGACGCCAACCACAAAUUGUUGACAGAGUCCAGUGGAAAGGAAAUCACCGAGUUCAUUUCUAAGAAAUCCAAUGAAGUUUCUGCCGAUGAGCACAAAUUGGCCACUUCUGUAAAGCAAAUCCUCUCAGAGUUGUUGAAGAGCCAAAAUGAAUUCCUUCGUCAAUCGUACAACAGCCAAAUGUUAAGCGAAACAUCUCAGUCUGUGCCAUACGACCCAGAGUUUGCCUCCAAGAUGAGGACUCACGCUAAGUUAAAUAAAGAUGAAAUCUUGGAAGAUGAAUCCAAGGCGGUUGUUGAAUUACCUUGGCAACAGGGUUUGUUCGGACGUCAAGAUCCUACUAAGCCAUACUUCACUCCAUGGGCUCCCAGACCAUUCAUUGGAUGUUUUGCCAUUUUACCACACCAUCUUGAAAUAAGUUUUGAAACCUGCCAUGCCAUUUACUUGAGAAACCCAGUCUCGAGACCUGGUCAUUCAGAAGUGAUCUCUCCGUUCCCAGAAGCUGUGCAUGAAAGAGCUUACAUGUACUACGCCAGAAAGGGAAUGUAA